AUGGACGAGGACAAAUACCGACAAGAAGUACUCCAGGUUACCUCGGCGGAAGCAGAACAAGCGCGGGCGCAACAGCUUUCCGACGAGGCGCGGGAUCUCGGUCUGAAGGUCCCCGAUAUUAAUGCCACAGCGCCGCUGGCGGCUUCGAUUGCCUGUGGGAUGAUCGAUCUCUCCUCUCCAACACUUUCAUCAGCAUCAUCUACGAAUCGAACCUCCACGUGCGAUGGCUCCGUAACUCCUUCCCUUUCGCUCGAACAGUCUUCCCCGCCAUCAGCCCCGCUGGAGCAGGCUACUUCGUCUUUAUCGCAGUUAGCUCUGGGUUCUGAGCGUGUGAAACCUGGAAGUACACGGUCACUGGCGUCGUGGUCUACUCGACCGACUUCGUUCUGUUCUAGUGAGAGUCGGACGAUUAAUGCGGGGCUGGGACUUCAUGAUGGAGUGACGCCGAAGGGAAAUCGAAAUUCGAUGUAUGUUGUUGCGCCGGCGGAUAAUAAGGAGAAAGAGAAAGAGAGACGACGAAGUAAUUUGAAAAAUGCGAUUGGACGCAUUCAUUUUCGCAAGAGGCGCGCUCCGUCGGCUGCUAUGUUACCACCCAAUGCACGAGUCAUGAUCACUAGAAGCGAUGAGGGAGAGCAAUAUGUGUUUUUAGAGAAACCGCGUGAGAUACCGACCAGUACGCUUGGUAACGCGAGCAAUCCAGCAUAUCCCAGCAGCAAUAGCAGCAGCACCACGGACUCACUGCCGAAGUUGGAGAUUCCGACUUUUGGACCAGAAGCGCUGAAGCGAAGUUUGGAGGAUCCUGAUUUGCAGGAGAUGCUGAAUCGACAUAAAAUGGAGAAGAAUCGUCAUAUGCAGUUUCAAGAAGCUGCACUCAACAUCCUUCGGGACGGGCACCAGACUGCGGUUUCCGAGGCACAGUCAAAAAACUGUCGCCUGGAGGAUGAGAAACGUGAAAAGAAUGAGAGCGAUGCAAUCCGUAUAGAGGAGCGGCAACUAGCAGUGGAGAUGGAACAACAAAGAGAAUUCGAGCGCGCAAAAGUAAAUUCUCGCACGCGCAUCAAGCAUAUGGAAGGUUAUUUCCGGAAUGCGAGCCCCCCGCCAUCCCCUGCAGCCGCAGCGGAUCCUUCCGCCGAUUCUUUGUCUUUGUCUAUAGCCGAGGGGACACCCCCGGCACGGCGCAUUACACGACAGCAGCUCGAGCAGCUGGAACAACAAUACCACGAUCACGAAAAUAUGGAUGCGCUUCAUCAAGCCCGUAUCAAGGUUCUUAGAGAACGUCAGGAGAAGAGGCUUCAGGAAGCUAUUGCGCGAAUGGAAACCGAACUCGGAGAUUUAUGCGAACAGCAUAGCAAGGAGGUUGCGGCUUUACAGGCUGAUCAGCGUCGCGAAGAGAGCUCGCUUAUAGAUUCUCUGGAGACUAAGAAGGUCUUGUUAAGACAACGAUGGAAUUUGGAAGAAGCCAUCUUGCGUUGUCAGUUGGAGAAUCAAAAUGGUCAGCAAUAUGGACCCUUACCUCCAAUCUCUUUCUGUGUGGAAGAAUCCGAGGCUGAGAAUCGCAUAUGA